CGACCGUGCGCAUGCGCAUGCAGCGUGUAGACGGCCAUGCGCAUGCGCAAAUCGCAUGUGGCGCAGUGCUAGAGCGAGCGCAACGAGGGGCGGAGUCAAAGUGCAACGAGUCACGUAGCGUAAACGGGGCUAGUAGUAGUAGCGAAGAUCAGUAGGAGAUGGAUAUGAGCAGCAGUGAGUGUUUUGGAUGCGGUCGCUCAGGGCACUGGGUGAAGAACUGCCCCAAUGCGGGGCGUGGCCGUGGGCGUGGCAGAGGUCGAGAUCUGUUCUGUUACCGGUGUGGAGAACAGGGACAUAUUGCCCGUGAUUGUGAACAGACUGAGGAUGCGUGUUAUAACUGUCACCGGAGUGGUCAUAUCUCCCGGGACUGUAAGGAGCCGAAGAAGGAGCGUGAGCAGUGCUGCUAUAACUGCGGUAAAGCCGGACAUGUGGCCCGAGACUGCGACCACGCUAACGAGCAGAAGUGUUACUCCUGCGGUGGAUUCGGACACAUCCAGAAACUGUGUGACAAAGUCAAGUGCUACCGGUGUGGUGAGAUUGGUCACGUGGCGGUGCAGUGCAGUAAGGCCAGUGAGGUGAACUGCUAUAACUGCGGGAAGACGGGUCACCUGGCGCGGGAGUGUACCAUCGAGGCCUCGGCGUAAACGCGCCCCCCUCUUCAUCGGCCCCUCCUUUUUCAUGUUGAUGGUUGUAUUAUUUUCUGGGAAUCCUCUUCAUUGGCUAAAGCCGGGCAGACGGAGGCUCGUCUCGGCCCGCGAGCUGCUCGACAUGUUUAAAGAUUAAUAAAUGAAUGAACGAAGGGGUUUAAAAUCUUUCAGCAUUCAGCAUCAGAUGUGUUUAGUUCCGGUAGAGUGUUGUGUAGAAAUGCUUUGUUUAAAAAAAUAAAAUUAAAGAAAAAAAAUCCCUUAACCGCACCCGCCGACGUGACGACCAACGGGCGAGGCGGAGCACGGCGUGUUAACAUGGGACCGGCACGCGCUCGCCUCACGUGAGCCUUCGAGAGACGGCAGACGGGAAAAGCCUCGACUUCUGCGUACAGAUUUUUAUUUUUAUUUUUUUUUGUUUCGAAUAAAAUCGGGAGAAAAAUAA